AAUGGGACCCUCUCCUCGAGAAACAGCAUGACGUUAAUGAUGAUGAAUGGUCGAUCUCUCUUCACCUAGAUCGGUCGUCAAUCAGAAAAACGAUUUGUUGUUUGCCUUUACGCCUUCUCAUGACGUGUCCUUAGCUCAGUUCCGUUCAAAACCGCCAAUAGCACGAUCAAAUUUUAAACAGAUCAAUCGCUCCAAUAUUGCCAAGCACACUAAUCUAUCGAUGCUGGAUAACUUAAUAUAACAGGCGCUAUUUUCAAUAUCUAUCGUGCUUACUAAAAUCAUAGGACUCUCGUCAUUCUUUGUUGCCAAUCGCUAUCCAUCCCUAACCCAAAAUUGAAAACAGCAGCUCAAUAAAUAGACACAUUUGGUCAUAUUGGGAGGUUGGUUGCAUUGCACAGACGUCAAAGAUGGUGUAGGUUUUCACAACAUCCGUUUACGGAUAAGUUUUUCUCCUGCGUCCUAAGGAGUUGAAAGUUUUCUUUGUUGGAUUAUGAUCCAACUAAUUGAAUAUUUCUUUUGAAAUCUCUUUGGUAUGUAAAUGUUUGAUUAGUAACAAUUUGAGUUUCAUUUCGCGCUCAAAGAAGAUAACGCACUGACCAGGUUUAAAUACAUUAGAUUAGACUAUUUGAGCAGGAUCCUUUGCAGCCGUAUGAGCAUUGUCCAUCUGUGAUGGGCAAAAUAAAGCAGACGUUAUAGUUGAAUGAGGUGCGCAAGUUGCGCACUGAAGAAGGACCUAUUUGACCUCAGGCCUCAUGUGUGGGCUAUGGCCUUGGGCCAACAUACCCAUGCAGAAGAGCAGCCUAUCGUUGUUAGUUGCAAUCCAUGUUGAGACAUCCAGACACAACCUGGAUACUUCAAACUGGAUCGUGACUUAUCAGCCUUGGAGUCCUUGCAGGGUGUGAACAAUAGACCUGGCUCAGAUCGACUUACGCUGGAGCACAUAGUGGACGGACUGCAGAGUGUGGUGGAGGUGCGGGGGGGUGGCCACUCCAGUGCGGGCGGCACUCAGCCCGGACAAAUAGUGUUUACCCAGCAGCAGUUGCAACAGCUCCAACUGCAGCAGCAUGUGGACCCUACGUCAGGAUUUACGCUAACUCUUCAUGCACCACACACGACUCUGAGUUCUGGUCCUGUUGCUAGUGCUUCAGCAUCUAUUGUUACAUCGGUAUCUAGUUCUUCGGUCCUUGGCCAGCAACAUGGAUAUACCUAUACAACAGCAGGCCUCCGCCUUGGUAAUUCAAGUGUUCCCCUCUCAAGUCUCCAAGGUUCCUUACCUGCAGCCUUGGCAGGCUCUUUGCCAGCUGGUCUUCAGGGGCUGGCAUCCACUCUUGCUUCCAGUCUUUCUCUCCAGGCCCUUCCUCUAGCACAACAACAGAAUCAACAACUACUCCAAGGUCAAAGUCUAAGUCAAGGCCAGAGUCAUGGUCAAAGCCCCAACCCAAACGCGGGUCAGGGACCCUCUACACCGGGACCGGGAGCUGGCCCCGCCCAGGGACAAACACAUUUAAGUCAGAUCCCGGGGCAGGGCCAGAACCAGCCACAAAAUCAGCAGGGCAUCAUCACAUUAGGUCCACACAACAUUCAAGUUGGCUCCUCUGGCCUUGUUGUUGGUGGUUCAGGCAUUCCUGUUGGCUCCCACCUUCCUGCGAGCGCUCCUUCUUCAGUAUCCUCUCCAGGCUCUCCAUUUUCCUUGCCGACAAGAUCGCCUGCACCUCCUCAUGCUCCUCCCACUCCCUCCCCCAGCCCAGGUGUGCUUUUAAGGUCCCCAGCCACACCUCUUUUACCCCCAACAUGUUCUUCCCCAGCACCGUCUCCCUAUCAAAAUCCCCGACAAAGUCCUCAAUAUCAAGGAAACACCCAAACUCAAGGCAGUGCUAACAAUGGUGCCAUAUCUGUCAGUGUUCCUAUCCGCUCCCCCGCUCCCCCAUCUCUUACUCCUGUUCCAUCCCCCUCACCUCAGAGUCGUGCUGCACCCUCCCCUUCAGCUGCCACUCAGCAUACUGCUGUCAUUCACCAGGCUGUUUCAUCGCAAGCACAGAUGGUGUCCUCCCAAAUGUCAGCUUUAGGUCAAACCGUUCUUCCCAUGGUGGCUCAAAACCCAACUCAACAAUUAGUGCAGAUAAUACAGCAGCAGCAACAGUCCGCCUUAGCAAGUGGCCCCAAUACUAUUGCAACGUUUUCCGCUGGCCGGACAACACAAAUUAUAUCAAACCCAGCCAACAAUAUGAUGACGGUUCCAAUUCAGGCAACUCUGAAGGCUACAAAGCAGCAUCCCCAGAUACUACCGAAACCCCCUGCAACCCCUGGCUCCGCUGGGCUCAACAACAAGAACCGCAACACUGUCACAAACUCAACCUCUAUCGGCGGGAACCCACUUCAGCCUCAAGCUCAGCUUGUGAUAGGACAGAGUAAUCAGACUGCUACAGCUACUGCUGUUAUUCCUACAGCUCCUGCUGGUGCUCUCCUUUUUAAUUCGAUGAUGGGUGGAUUGACAUCCAGUACACCUAUGAUAGUACAACAACAGAGCAGUGGUAUGCAGUUAAUUUUGAGACCACAGGGACCUGCUGGCCAGGCUCAAGUUCAAGCUACCCAGCACACCACGCAGACACAAGUCCAGCAAAGCAAAUCGGUAGUCCUUGGCAAUGGUAGCGGACUUGGAGCCCCUGGAACUGUUUUCAUAACCCAUCCACAGGCCAACAGAUCCACUCCACUAUUCAGGAUAAUCACAACUCCAGGAGCUCCAAUGCUCCAGCAGAUUCAUCAAAGUGGCCCAACUUUAAUUCUUCCUCAAACUUUAGGUUCAUUGAGUUUCCCAAUGACUCAGUUAUCAGCGGGCUCACCUCAGCCUAUGGCGCAGCCAUCUUAUACUCAACAAACUCAGACAAUUCAACAGAAGGUUGUAAGCCUGCCAUCACAUGUACCUGUCUCUUUAGGAAGUCUUCAACAGCAACAAAACAUAUCAACUUCUCUGGCAAAUCAGUUGCCAGUAUCUCUUGCUAGUCAAAUUGGGGCACUUCCAGUCAAUGUGGCUGUGUCUCAGCACCAACAAUUAUCCACUCUUCAGGCACCUGUGUCAGUAUCCCAAGCUAACCUUCACAUUCCAGUGUCAAUGGCUACUCUGGCUGGCCAGACGCAUUUGCACAGCUCUGACAAAUUAGUAAACCAUUUGGCAUCUAAUGUUUUGGAUUGUGGAAAUGGUUUUGGAGGCCUUUCCACAUCAAGAGUUCAGUUAUGUAGCCCAGUCAGUAGUGCUAACAGCACUGUUACCUCAACGUGGCAGAACAUUAUUAACUCGCCCCCACCAGUUCAAGAACAGCAACUACCCUCUUCAGUUACCACUAAUGUAUCUUCUCAACAGUCCUUCCAAACAUUGUUGCAAUCACAUCAAACUAAUCAAGCUCCUCAAGUGCAGCAGCCACCUCCAGUACAACCACAGCAACCGACUGCCCCUCCACCCAAGCCUAAAAAGAAAAAGAGCAAAAAGAAGAAGAAGGAUGAAGAGCCCAAGCUGGACUUGGCCAAUAUUAUGAAGCUCUCAGGCAUUGGAGAUGAGGAUGACAUUGGCCCAUAUGAGACUGAGGAUCCUCCAGUUGUAGGAAAUGUGGUUGUGGGAGGUGGUUUGGAUCCAAGCACUAUUGCUUCACAAGUUACCUCUGUCCCUGGAAGCACUGUGGGGCUGGUCCCUGCACAGUCACCACCAGCAGAACCUCUCAACUUACAGGGUCUUAAAAUAGUUGUGAAUGAAGACGGCAGAGUUAAUUUGCUUCAGCAAUUGAAUGAUGGCACCACAGCCCCUAUAACUGCUCAGUCCCUCACGUCAGCAAACGCUCAGGUGUUGCUUCAAAGCCUUGCAGCACAAGCAGCACAGCCAGGUGGACAGUAUGCCUCCACCAUUGCAGCAGCUGCUCACAGUCAGCUAUCUCAGCUUUUGAAUGCCAAUCCACAGAGGCAAAACUCGAUAAUCCCGCAGGCAACUGUUGUCCCUGUAAACAAAGCAGCCAGUCUGAAUACAAGCACCAACGCUGUUAUCAGUCAACCCCCACAAGUGGCAGCACCCACUGCAAACAUCAACAGACUAGUUUCUGCUUCUAUAGCCGGAAUUCCACCCUCCUCUCAGACUGUGCCUCAACCAAUUAAGUCUCAAGCUGCGGUUUUGUCCACUCCUGUCACAUCUAUUCAACAACCAACUUUCUCCCUUCUGCCGCAGCAGCAAACUGUACCUGCACCCGCUCCCGCUCCUGCCUCUGCUCCUGCAGCACUUGUUACCGUCCAGCCAACUGUGCCAUCCUCCAUUACUCUCCAGCCUGCAAGUGUUGCACCUACGCUUCCUCCACAGAGCCAGCCACAGCUCACCUCUCUUCCGUCAGAACAUAUUUCUUCAAUAGCCCCAAAUCCGUCCCCUCUAGCUUCAAGCAUCAACACUACUACAACCAAACCUCCUGCAUCUGGUGUUAGUGCAGCACUGGAGCAAGCCUUCAUGCAGUACCUUCAGAAUGCAGGACUGAACACGGAGUCCAUAGUCAUCACCCCUCAAAAUGGUGUACCCACUGUUGUUGGAGGGGCACAGCUCCUUCAGCUGCUACAGCAAGCUCAAGCCCAGGCCCAGGCUCAGGCUCAAGCACAGGAGCAGCUACAACAGCAACAGUUGCAGCAGCAGCAGCAGCAGUUACAGCAGCAACAGUUACAACAGCAGCAGCAGCAGCAGUUACAGCAACAACAGUUGCAGCAGCAGCUACAGCAGCAGUUGCAACAACAACAGUUGCAGCAGCAGUUACAACAGCAGCUUCAGCAGCAACAAUUGCAAGUUCAGCAACAGGUCCAACAGCAGAUUCCUCAACUUCAACUCCAGGCCAUUGUAACACAAGCUCAACAGCAGACUCAGCCUCAGGUGCAACAACAGGCACAAUCACAGGCUCAGUCUCAGUCACAACCACCUCCAGCUCCUUCACCACAGCUUGUUGUUUCCACUCUACCUCAGCCUACUGUGCAAAUUCAGCAGACUCAAAUAUUGCCCCAGAAACAAGGAACUGUGCAGCAGUGGGACUCUAUAAAGGUGACGGAAACAGGGGAAGUGCUCCUAACGGGCAAAGUUGGCAUCACUGGUGGUUCUAGUGCAGGCAUUGGAACCCCCACGACAACUACAACCACGAGCACUGUUGUAAUGGGUACGGUACAGGAUGCCUUGCAAGCCAAAGGGACCGCCAACGUCAAGACUGUGUCACCUUCUCCGGUGCUUCCCGUCAGAAGAAAUUCUGCUGAGCCCACAGCAAGUCCAAGAAUUCAACCUCCUCCAUUCCAGUCUCCACAGUUGCAGUUAACGCAACAUAGUUUGCCAGUCUCUCAACCUCUGCCAACUGCCUGUACCCAAGAUCAAAUGGAGCAGGUGUUGAAUAAUGCCUUUUUGGACAGCUUGGCACAAUCUCGUCCAAACCUUCUGAUUAACAAGAGCAUUGGCAAGCCUGCCAGCAGUACGGUUGUGGAUGUAACACCAAGCAUAAAUGUUACACCUUCUAAUCGCAAGUCUAAGAAACGGAAACAGCCUCCAAAAGUGAGUGUGACUGUUCAGCCUCAAGCUCCUCCAGUGCAACAGUCUCAGCCUCUGACUGGACAGUCAGCCCCUACAACCACCAGCAUUCAAGCAUCUCGUCUGGCUGGUCCACUGAUUAAUGUCAAGGUGGCGAGCAGUGAAAAUUCAAAAGUGACUAACGUUGUGGGACCAAUAUCCUCUACACCAACUGUGUCAAGUGUUGAAACAAACCGGACUAAAGCCCUUCCGUCCUUUUUUGUGUCGAACCCUAAUUAUACAGUUGUGUCUAAAAACAAUACCACAACCUUAGUGGGAGUGAAUGCAAACAAUGUGGCAUCAGCUCAUACAGCUCCAGUGACAGCACAAUCAAUGCCUUCAUUAACAUCCAAUGUCACGCCAUCUCCAGCUACUAGUCAGAUUGGUGUUGUGAAUAACAUUGCAGUAAAAACUGUACCUGCUGCAUCUGCUCCCUUCAUCAAUAAUGCUGUUUCGAGUACAAACACUACUCGUGUAAAUCAUGUUAACACAGUGAAUUCAAAUGUCAACUGUGUUCGUGUAAAUAGUUCCACUGCCAGUAGUGGUGUUAACGCCUCAGUGCCCCCCAAUCUUAUUCCAAUCCCAACCAAUAGUCCAUCUGUGGGAGCUCCUGGUUCAGUAGCCUCCUCUAUUCCAACAAACCCAGCAGGAAUUGCUUCUCAAUUACCAAGUGCUACCCAACAGCCACCAUUGCAGCGGAUCCAGACCAUCUCAUUGACAGCGGCCAAGCAAUUGCAAUUUAAGGCAGUUAAUCAACAAUUAAGUGUUCUUAACACCAAGAAGAUCAAGACACCUGCUGAUGAAGCACAGUUUCAAAGACUCCUUGCUGAGCAACAGAAAAUUCUGAAUAGUGGAAAAGUGUUACCAAAUCCACCAGCUCCUCAGUUGGCCCAGUUCAUGCAAAGUGUCGGUAGUAGCUUAGAAGCAAGUGGAGAUGGCACAACUAACCACCUUAAUUCCUUAUCAAGCAAGGGGCAGAUUAAUAGUUCUUUUGUGGUCAAUAUGACACCUGUGGUGACUGCCAUCACAUGCACCCCUCCUACAACAGGAGUAACAACUACUUCAUCAUCCUCAUCAACAUCCUCUGUCCGUUACUAUCAUCAUGUUGGAAACCAAGUCAUUACUCUUACCCCUCAGCAACAACAACCGUCACAACCAGCUACAGUAGCAGCAGCAGCACCACCUCCUACUACUUCAGUACCAACACCUGCUCCAACUGCUUCAGUAUCUGCACCUUUGGUGCAAAUUCAGGUUUCCCAACUGCAGCCCCAGGCUCAGCCGCAGGCUCAGCCCCAGGCUCAGCCCCAGGCUCAGCCCCAGGCUCAGCCCCAGGCUCAGCCACAACAGCCCCAGCCACAACUGACUCAGCCACAGCAGGCUCGGCCUCAGCCUCCAAUGUCAGCACAGCCAGCAACCCAGCCUCCUGGAUCGACGCCGCCUCAAGCAUCAACGUUACCCCAAGCAGUGGCGCAGCCUCUGGCUCAGCAACAGCAAGUUCUGCCUGCUCAACCAGCUUCGCAGGCGCAGUUCAAGCCCAGCAAACCUGAGCAGUCAAAACAACAGCCAUACCAGGCCCAGCAAUCAUUCCAACCCAACCAACCACAGUUCAAUCAAUUUCCUCCUGACAUUGAGUCCCAGGUCCAGUCAUGUAUCAAUAGUUUAGAUAAUUCAUUUUUAGAUAUCCAUGCAGAACCACAGUUGAUUCCACACAUCCAGCAGUCCCCUUCAUCUAUUCCCAGUCCUAUGAAUCAACCAAAGCUCCUGUCUCCAUCCCAGCAGUCUCAGACAUCUCCAAUAUUGUCCCUUCAUCAAGAUCCAGCCCAGCAGACACAGCACCUGCAGGUACCCCAAAUACAGGUGCAUCCUUCCAGCAUGUCAAUGCCAACUCUCCAUUCUCCGCAACUGCCGCCUGUCAGUCAAGUACAGCAGCAAGGUUUGGCAGUAUCACCAUCACAGCAAACCUCCAUCUCUCCUCAGUUAAUAAGUCCUCAAGGACUACUUUUGGCACAACAACCAUCUUCACGUCAGCACUCGUCAGUGCCUGGAAAUUCUGAGAAAGUCUCUUCAGCCUUUGCCUCCAGUGGUUUGUGUGAUGCAACUCAAUAUCAGGCUCCUGUCCCAGCAUGUGAACGAGGAACCUCUCCAAUUCAUGUGGCAUUAAGCACCCCAGAUUCAACUACCUCCCCCCCUCAAAACGCAUCUUUCAGCCCUCAUUUCCGACCACUAUCAGUCUCUGUUGGCUGCAUGAAGUCUGGAGUAAGAUCAAUGGUCUCCCCCAAAUUACCAGUUCUCCAUUCACCAGCGUCAAUCUGUGCGCCAUCUCCUGCCUCUGCCAUUUCAACCCAGUCACCAUCUUCACUUUCGGCUCAAUCUCCUGCCCUUUCGUCCUUCUCAUGCCAUGGAGCCCUCGAUCCCAUUUUAAUUUCUCCACCCCUCCUACCUUUACGAAACAGAGUUUCAUCUCGAAUUAUGAUUGAACAACAAAUGAAAGAAGACCAAGAAAGUGCGAGGUUACCUGAUGCUCACUCUCCAUUCACAAACAAGAGUGAUGCGGUUCAACGUUUAAUGGCAUACCAUGUAUUCAAUGAAAAGCUUCUUAGUCAGCAAGACCUUGAAAAAGCAGAUGAAAUUCAUGAGCAUACUGCCCAACACCUUCUGGAUAAGUUUUCAAAUAUAACAAACAAAUUUCGUAGUUUAAUGCUUGCUGAGAGUAUGAGAGAAGUGAGACUGGCAGAAGUCGUCAUGAUUGAUAGGUUGCGGAAUGCCGAAGAAGAAAUGUUGACAAAAGCUGCCAAGCAGGCUAAGGAAGAUGAAGAAGCUGCUGUGGCUUCAGAGGCAGCAGCUGCCAAAGCUGCUGCAGCCGCUGCUGAGCAAGCUGCCAAGGUGGAAGAAGCUGUCGCUGCUGAAGUGGCGGAAGCUGUUGCAACCGUUUCCGAUGGUGCAGUUGUGUCUAUGAACGAUGUGGAGGCAGAUCUAUGUGGUAUAAAGAAUGAGCUUAGAUCAGAAAUAUUGGAUGAAAUGGCAGGAGACUCCCCUAAUCUUCAAGAUGAGGUCCGAAUUGCAAAGACAGAGGCCCUCAAAUUGGAAUAUAUUAAAUGUGAGAAGUCUGGUGAUGACACUGAAGAGUAUAAUGAGUGGGAAGCUAUUAAGCAGGAGCUUGGGUAUAGACCACCUGAGGUUAGUGAGGAUGACAAUGAUGUGGCCUCAAGCAACUAUGGAGAGUGGGAACUCGGUUCAUUCUGUCAGGGAAAGGAGGAGGAUGAAGGCCAGGAUAGAAUAAAAAUUCAGAAAAGGUGUUCUGCUGCAGGUGUCAAUGGUGAGAUUGAAGACUUCCUGUGCCCCAAAAAGAAGCUCAGAAUAUAUGAUGAAAUAGAUGAAUUAGGUGAUACAGAACUGAGUGCUCAAGUUCAAAGUGCAAUAGACAGCAUAAUAAACCUUCAGUUACCACAGUUGCCAUCAUCGCCAGAACUUCUCGCUUCCCUUCAUGAGGAUGACUCAACAUCACUUAGCUACAUUUCAAGCAUACCUGGUCAAGGCACUCCAAAUAGUCACCCUCAGAGCAAUUCUCUCAACUCAAGUAGCAAUCCUCACAGUAUACCAAAUAGUCAUAACACUAGUUCUGCCUCCAAUACCGAUUCUGCCCUAGACGAAGCUGUGCGAAGUAUUUUAACAUCUUGACUUAUGUUGGCCCUAUUUCAGGGAAGUGGCAUGACUCGUAGCUCAACCAUGUCUAUUUAUUUAAAUUUUAAAUUGUUACUUAAGUAUCAUGACGUUACCUUGGACUCAGGCAUUUUGGUAUUGUUGAAGGGGCUUUAUAUGUUUUUCUUGCCUUUUGUGAAAGUAAAAUGGCCUUUAUAAGAAAGUUUUAACUCAUGUAAGGGACACCAUGACUCUUGUUGGUCUGGGUCCAGUCAUAAAUUAAUUGUUAUCCCAAUUUUUGAAACCUUGUUAAGAUAAUGAAUUUUGAUAAUGGUGCUUUGAAUGCUAGGGAGAUGUUCUUAUUCUGGUAUUUAGAAAAUCAUGUAGGACUCAUUGAAGCUAUAAUCUAAAUUUUGUGCUCAUGUGAAUCAUGCAACUUUUGUUGUAGUGCAAUGGAAAGGUGAGGAACAAAUUCUUGAAUUCUUUUAUUAGUCAUAUAGGUAUUCAGUACCUGUUUUGGAAAUUUAUUCAUACAUUUAACCUGGGAUGGUUAAAUUGGUUUUACUUGUUUCAUGUAAUUUUUGUCUUGUAUAAUAAUGUAUAUUAUUGUAGAGUUAAUUUAUACUAGUUUUAGUUAUCGGAAUGCAGGGAUGUAAUCUUUAAAUGUUCAGUAAUUCAAUUGCUUUACAGAGAUCAUGUCCAAUCAUGAGGCCACCUACAGUACAUCAUUUAGUUUGCCCCAGUUUCUUUCCCUUUUUUUCUACUUAAAAAAAAAGUAGUCAAACUUUUUAAGAUACACAUUUUAUCUUGUUGUAUUUUGUCUUAACAGUCACAUCACCAUCCGUACUUGUCACUCUAUCUUACUUAGUGUGAUUUAUGUAACCAAUUGUUUUAUUGGUACCCCAGUUGGGACAAGCCCUAUGUGAUUCUAAACUGUGUUCUGUUCUUCUUCAUGGAUUAAUUCGUACUCACACAGUGGUUUUGUGAGUAUUUUCUGUUUCAUGUGUCCCAUUUCUUUAAAAUGUUGCUUUAAAAAAAAAAGUACCCCAUUUUGAUUUGUGUUAAAAGAAUGCUCCUAUGAUGUUUCUUUUACUUUUUUUUUUUCGGGGGCAACAUUUGGAUUUGCAGACUUUUUAAAAUACUAUUGUAUGAGCUGGUUGAUAGUUUUAUUCACAUACAUAUUUUGUAAUUGUCCUCUGCAAUAAGUUUUACAGUUGCAGUUUCUACACCGCUAGGAUGGUUUUUACCUUAGUCAUCAGGGGGAUUAAGGUGCUGAAUUUUCAAAUACUGUACCCUCUCCUUAAAUUUUACUCACAGCACAUUUUAAUUUGCAUUUAGGCGUUCUGAGGUUGUUUUCUCUCCCUUGAAAACAAAUUUUUGGCUAGUCUUAUGCCCUCUUGUACUUCUGUUUGUUGUAAGCAUUUACAGCUUGCGUAAACCCUUUACCUUUUAUUAUUAUAAUGGUGGUAAUUUGUUUUUAUUUCAUCCUGAUUUGGAAUUUUAUUAUCUAUAUUUCACAUACUGGACAAUAUUUCUUACUGAUGUUGCAAAUGGCCAUUUUGACGAAGUUCAAAUCAUGUUAAGAUUGUUCUCUCUUUUUAUAAACCAAUAGUUUUCUACAGAGGUUCUGUCAUCAAAGGGAAGUUACAAAACCACUUCACUUGCUUUGAAUCAUUGAUAUUAUGUAUGAGUCUGUACCCUAAGUCAGAGAAAAGAAUAACAACACCAAAUCAUUUAGUUAUUACUUAGGACUGUUGAAAAAUAAGGAAGUUCAGUUAAUCCCACUGGUCCAUCAUUUUCAACUGUAAUUUGCUGCAAUUUGUGAUAAAUCAUUAUCUUUUCCAUAAACCAGCAUCUAAACUUGCCUGUUGUAACAACCGAACAUGUUUUAAUUUCAUCCUUAUUACGAAUCAGUGCAUCUUCAACUUGAUUUAUUUCCUCUCUUGAAUGUGUGUUUUUCUACACAAAGCUGCUGAAUCUGUUUUAUGUGCUUUAGCAUAAUUAUUGCGCUAAUGUUUGUUCAGGAAAUCUAUUGCUCAAGACUGAUUGUGCCUGUGAAGGCAGGCCAUUCCUCGCACUCUUGCAUAAUAAAUUUUCAAGACUUAAUUUUAUGAUUUUAAGGCAGUACAGAAAACUAUUGACCAUACCAGACUUAUACGAGAUUUUAAGACAGUUAAGUUAUUUUUAAAUUGAAUGCAAUGCAAGUCUCUUGCAGGAAUAUAAGGUUGUGAAUGUUUGUUAAUGUCAGUGCUAUUUAAUGAGGUAUGAAUGUUGAUAUUUGGUUGCAUAGUGUCAAUUACCAUGUUAGUGUUUGGGUUUUUUGACAUAAUGUACUUAAAUGGGAACGAGUGCUGAACUUGAGAUCUCUAUUAUUGUAUAUGUAAAUUAUCAAAUGUGUACAAAUCGUCAUUUCAACAAAAUGACCUAGUAUUCUUUUUUAACAAAUGUAAAUUUGUGUAAUUUUUCAAGUAAAGUAUCAUUGAUGGUGAUAUUUAUA